CCGAAAAUGGAUGAUUCCUCGUGUUCGAUUCAUUUAAAUAUAUGUAUAUUAGAGAACUGAUGGAAAGCGUCAGUGAAGGACAGGAAUUAAUUCGUUUGCAAUGUCUUCCAUUGCCAAAAGAAAGAAAAUCCGAGCGGAGAAAUAAUUUGCAAACAUAUUGUGUUAAACUUAAGAAUAUUGACGGAUUGUCAGAGACAACUGCUUCUGAUAGUUAUCAGUUGCAAGCAGUUUUAUUUGAUGAAAAACAUAGAACCUUCAUUGGUAGUUUUUGGAAUGGGAAGCCUGUUGAAGUCAAAAACAGGAAAAUUGUCAUUAAUCAAAGUUUUUAUUUUUAUACAUCUAUUCCUGGAGAUGAACUGCUGUUAAUUAUUGAAGUUAUUACUCCAUCUAAAAUACAUAAUGCUUAUAAGAGUGCUGGAUGGUUAUAUAUGACCUUGAUUGGAGCAGAUAAAGCUGGACCAAAUGCUAGCAACUCUUUACAAUAUAAAGUGCCUUUAUUAUGCGGAACUCCUUUAGCUUUGCUUAUUGUUGAAGAUGGAAUUAAAGGUAUCAGUUCGACACAGCAUACAGCAGGCCUGGAGAUUUCUUUGUCUUUAUCACGCCAUCCUGAGCUAUUGCAGCUUAUUCACCUUGUGCCUGAAAAUGUGGUGUUUGAUGCAACUUAUGUAAUUCCUGGUCUAAUUCUUGAAUCACCAGACGUAAUUAAAGAUCCUGAAUACUUAUUCAAGCCUCAUCUUCAAAAGUGUAUAACAUUAACAUUAGAGAAAGUAUGUAUUAGAGUACAACCCUCCUUACAAGAUGCUGAAUUUAAAAUUAUUGAAAAGGUUAGAGAACACCUUGACAGUGAAUUAAAUAAAUCAUCAAAAGCAACUAUAGCUCAAAGACGACUUCAGGUAGCAGUAUAUAACGGUUAUCGCUUUAUUCAUGAACCUGACUAUUAUCAUCUGAUUGUGGAACCAUUAGUUUCUUCAACAAUGGAUAAUACUGCAAAGCCUUUGAGGGAUGAAGUUCUUAUUUUACGGAGUGAUAUCAAGUUACCUAAUGUGCCAGAUGAUCCUGAUAUAGCUGUUGUGUUUCUGAUUGAAUACAUAGUUUCAUAUCCUGGCUCAAACGUGAAGGAAAUGUCAGUCAUCUCAUCUGCAAGCAAAGCUCCAAUGUCAAAUUUUGGCAUUUGUUGGGGAUUUUCUACACUUAGAAGUCUGAGAGCAAACUCUUCAGAGAAUAUUAUUUUGACUUGUAAUCCUGCCUCAUAUCCUCAUAAAACACUUUUUGUGAAAUUAGCAAAUAAAUUUGAAAUGUCAUUUGUAACAUUUUCACUUUUGAAACAGAAUAAAAAGUCAAUGUUUCCUGUCCCUUCUGCUGUAGAAAGACAAUCUGUUGGAAGUGUUUCAGUUCAAGAACCACAGUCUGUUGAAGCAUCAAUUAUGUAUUCACCUACUAUAAAUCAUCCUGCUCAGAAUUAUAAGCCAACUAUUAAUAGCCCUUGCCAACCAUUUCAUUCAAGUUCUGAUUAUACUGAGAAAGGAAAAAUAAAUGUUAACCGUGCAUUUCACUCAACUCUUGAAUAUGUAGAGAAGGGAAGGACAAGUUUAGAAUUCCAAGAAAAUGCAAAUAACAUGGCUUUGCAAGAAGUUACAAUAGUGCCAUCAUCUUUACCUUUGAUUCCGCCUUUGUUACAUUUAUUUCCUGUUGAUUCUGGAUUGCCCAAUUAUUCAUUUACGAAGCUAUACUGGGAUAAACUUCAGCCAGUACUGGAUCAUCAUGGCAAACCUGCAGUGCAAAUUGAUAAUUCUAUGCCAUACAGUAUAGACCGAGAUUUGGAACUUCAUUCUCCACCACAAAAAAAUGAAUACAUGUUUCAGUUACUUGCUAUUUCUGGCUUGGAAGAAUAUUCACAACUUCCUUCAGAGAUAUUUUUCACAUUCCAGUUUUAUCGGUUUUUAUCAGUUAGGAGUGAGAGUCUUCUGUUGAAACCUCUCUCUGAAGAUGUCAAUAAUGACUUUCCUAAGUCAUCUGUAGUGUAUGCUUUUCAUACAUCCAGAAGCUCAAAACAGUCUCUGGGAUUUCAGGUAACAUAUCAUAUUGAUCCCUCUGAGCUUGACAGUGGAGAAUAUACAGCUUUCCUUCAUUAUAUAAUGAAACAAACUCUUCACAUUGAUUUAUGGAAUGGGCAAUCUUUAUUAUACUUUGGAACAGUCACAUUACCAUUAAAGUAUCUUUGUAGGCAAGGAAAAGAAGCAGCUUUCACUAUUUUGGAAUUAGAUAUCAUAAAUUGUGAAUUUUCUGAUGAUUCUCUUAAUCAGGCAGCUGUUCCUAUACAAUCAGCUAAAGGGAAACUGCACCUCCGUGUAGCAAGCAUAAGGCAUCCACUGUCUGCAAGUGCCUUAGAAAAAUAUGCAGAAAAUAUAAAUAAGGAGUGUGUUAUUGUAAAUUCUAACACGGAUACAUCUCCUAUGAAUUUUACAGUAUCUAAAGCUCGACCAAUUAUUGAAACAUCAAAGGAGCUUUCAAAUUUUCUUGCAUCAAGAUGUGUAUUGAAUAAUUCAAAUGCAUCUGACGAUUCCCAUCUUUCAGAGGAGAAAAGACGUAAACUUGCUAGAAUGCAAGCCGUAAAAAAUCUGGAAAAUGAAAGCAAAUCAUCAGAUAGUAUGAAUGAAGGCAUGCAACAUUUCUUCAGAGAAAGGCAACGAGACUUACUCAGCAUUGAAUCUUACAUUCAGAAAAACAAAUCUGAAUUAAUACAGUCCUUACUUCAUACUUCUGUAACUUAUGAAAAGGUCAUUUACCCUGUGAUUGGAAAUAAGUCCUUUUUUGAAUUCGAGCUUGAAAAUCCUUUUAAGGAGACCAGAAAAGUUACCAUUUCUUGGAGAUGCUCAGAGUUAAGUUUGGUGGUUGACUCUGCUCUGUGGCAGAUGUUGAGAAACAUGCAUAACAUUUCUCAAAAAGUUGAUUUUCUGUCAUAUGGUGAUAAUAAUCAACAAGUAUCAUCGAUUUUACUUCAGCCAAGAGAAAAAGUAUAUGUGCCUUUCACUUACCAGUGUUUGACAGCACAGCCUAGUCAAUUGGAUUUAUUCAAAGCCACUUCUGGUCACCAUUUCUCUUCAGAUAUGUUAGCUUCGGUUCCUGUAUCUAAUAGUUUAGAAAUCCGGUAUGUUAAGAUACGCUUUGUUACUGAAGAUCAAACACUUCUUGCAUUGUUAAAUUUAAAAAUCCAGCCUCUUCCUCCAUCAUUUACCCAUGUUUUUAAAUUCCUUUCCAUGGAACACUCUGUGUUUAAGAAAAGCAUUAGAAUAAAUACAGAUGGUAUUGUUGGUACUAAAACUAUUGUGCUGUCAUCAGAUUCAGAAGUUUCUUGUACCAUACAGGAGUCUCAAGAUUGGGAAGGAGAUGUUAAUGUACACCUUAAGGCACCUACUAAAGCUUCUGGUAAAUGUCGAGAGUUUUAUAUCUUCAUUUAUAAAGAUAAAUAUCAGAUUGUUUCAGUGCAAACAUGGAUUGUUUCAAUUUGUCCUCUUCAAAGGAUUGAUUUGACAUGCAUAGCUGGGCAGCUGAUGCGAUCGUCUUUGUUAAUCAGAGGAACUCAUGCUACCAACUUGGUUAAGUGCUUUUCAAGUUCAGAUGAAUUGCAGCUACAUCCAUCUGACCAUUUUGUGUUAUCACCAUUUGCAGUACAAGAGCUGUCAAUGAAUGUUAGGUCACUUUUGCCUGGAAUAAAGCAUUUCCAAAUCACUAUGGUAAAUCAAGCUCUAGAACAAGUACUUCAGUCGUGGCUUCUUGUACUCUCAUGUCAAAAGCCAUUCGUAUCUAAAGCUUUUCAAGUUCAUAUUUCUGUUGGAAAAGAAGCUACUAAGCGAAUCACAUAUACAAAUUCUUAUCAUCAGAGCCGAAGUUUUGUUCUGCAUUCUAGUCAUCCACAUCUUCUGAGGUUAAAAGAGUACUUAUUUACAAUCCCUGCUGGGAAAAAUUACUACAUUGGACUAUAUUUCCCACCUCAGGACUUUGUUUUCACUGAAACUCUCUUUCUGUAUCUCAAUGAUUCUGAGGAUAAAAAUGAAGAAACAUAUUGUAUUAAAGUUAUAUGCCAAUGAAAUAUAUCCAGGAAUCAUUUAUAAUGUAUGUGAUAUGAGCACUGAAGUCUGUAUAGAGUAAUAUUUGAAAGAGUUGUAUUAACAUUUUAUUUGCCAGUAUUCUUUAUCUGAAACAUAUCCAGAAAAAUAUAUAUAUAUAUAUAUAACAAUUUAUUUAUAUAAAUUAUAUUUUCAGUGAACCUGAUUUUUAAAAUAAUUUUUUUCCAUUAAAAAGGUAAUAUAUUUUUAUUACUUCUUGGAAGUAGAUGUGUUUUAAGCAUUUCUGAUUCCUUUGAAAUUUCUAGACAUGAAAACUUCAGAAGUUAAAAAUUCAGACAUAUUGAUAUCGAUAAAGUUGUGAAUUUUUUUUUUGCACUGUUAAUGAGCUUGCUAAGUUUAUAAGCUUGUCCUUAGACCUUAAUGACUUUGAUGUUUGUCAUAUUAAUCUAAAGUACAAAUGAAUGCAUUGCAGUAAAGUAGAUGAGAGACAAAUGCAGGUGUUCUAAAAUGACAAUAGGCCAAAAAAUAUAUUGAAUUAUUCACUUUCAGCUAAAUUGUGUAUAGUUAUAUUUUUUCUGUAAUUAGUUAAUAAUAUAACAAAAAAUAUGAAAAUGUUAACAAAAAUAAUUAUAUUUGAAUUUAUGAACAUUCACCUGAUGCAUCAUUAUUCACAAAUAAGAAAGCCUUUUUAAUUCUUAUAAUGAUUAAUUAAGCUGACUGUUAGACCGGAUGGCUUAGAUUUUUGUAAUGUUUUCUGUAUGUAUGUCUUUGCCUCCUCUUUUUAAGGUGGUGGUAUUAGAGGGUUGCUUCCUCCUUGCGGUCUGCACCAAGUGAUGCUUUCAGUGAUGAGACAUGAUUAAUGGUUUCAGCCAUUUCCUAAAGCUUUGUUCACAUGGUGGUUUUAAAAUCAUAAGUGGUCUAAUAUGAGUUUUGGGCAGCCAGACAUUGCUGUUUCAGAAAAACUGGUUUAAGGAUUUUAUCUUAAUUUUCUAACCCAUAGCUUAAAUUGCACUGGUACUUCUUAGUUUUGGGGAUAUAUUCUAAUUCUAACCAGAGUGCACCGGAGCCCUAAAAAGAAGGCUCCGGCACUUUUUUAUGUAACUGAGCAAUUAUUUCAGCAGAACUUUGAUCUAGAAAAUUUUAUUAUAUGAAAAAUCGCUUAUCAAAUUUUAAUUUAUCUCUUUACAUUUAAAUUAUUUAAUUACUUUAAUUGUUUUAAUAAAUAAUUAUGAAUUAAUUAAAUA